GAAAAAUAUUUUGAUGAUAAUCAUAUUCAGUAAUUCUGUGCGCCGGUAAUACGAUUAGGUAUUGUAUUUCGUCGACCGUUUAAUACGCACUUGUAUUGCUUCUCACUUCUAUUCAUUAUUUGAAACGAAUCGCAAGUGUACUCUCACCAUUGUAGCAAGUCUGGUGGUGACUUGCAUUUACGAUGUUAAGAUCCUGGAUAAUACUCUUGGCUGCUGUAACAGCAUGCCUGGCCGACUUUCAAAGGGUGCCUCUGUACCGUAUGAAAACGGUGCGCAAGCAUCUACAUGAGGUGGGCACGGAACUGCACAUGACGCGCUUGAAGUACGCCGCUAAAGCACCGGCCCCUGAACCACUCUCCAACUACCUCGAUGCGCAGUACUACGGGCCUAUCUCGAUCGGCAACCCGCCGCAGAGCUUCAAGGUGGUGUUCGACACCGGCUCCUCCAACCUGUGGGUGCCCUCCAAGAAGUGCCACUACACCAACAUCGCUUGUCUGCUGCACAACAAGUACGACAGCAGCAAGUCGUCGUCGUACCGCAAGAACGGCACCGACUUCGCGAUCCACUACGGCUCCGGCUCGCUCUCCGGCUUCCUCUCCACCGACGACGUCACCGUGGGCGGGCUGCGCGUGCGCGCGCAGACGUUCGCGGAGGCGCUGUCGGAGCCCGGGCUCGCCUUCGUGGCCGCCAAGUUCGACGGCAUCCUCGGCAUGGCCUUCAGCAGUAUUUCUGUAGACGGUGUGACUCCCGUAUUUGAUAACAUGGUGGCGCAGGGGCUCGUGCAGCCUGUCUUCUCAUUUUACCUUAACCGGGACCCGGCGGCGGCGCAGGGCGGCGAGAUCAUCCUGGGCGGGUCGGACCCGGCGCACUUCGCGGGCGAGUUCACGCGCGUGCCGCUCUCGCGCGACACCUACUGGCAGUUCCGCAUGGACGGCCUGCGCGUCAACAACAGCUCCUUCUGCCAACAGGGCUGCGAGGCGAUCGCGGACACGGGCACGUCGCUGAUCGCGGGCCCGCAGCGCGAGGUGGAGGCGCUGAACCGCGCGCUGGGCGCGGCGCCGCUCGCCUUCGGCCAGUUCGCGGUGGACUGCGCGCUGCUGCCGCGCCUGCCCGACGUCGCGCUGCGCAUCGCCGGCACCGACUUCCUGCUCAAACCCGUCGACUACAUCCUCAGGGUGUCUCAGUUCGGCAAGACGGUGUGCCUGUCGGGCUUCAUGGGGCUGGACAUCCCGCCGCCCAACGGCCCGCUCUGGAUCCUCGGCGACGUGUUCAUCGGCCGCUACUACACCGAGUUCGACGUCAAGAACAAGUCCAUCGGAUUUGCGGUCGCCAAGUGAAUACCAUCUCCACCACCAGCCCACUCCCACACACCUCCCCCACCCCCGCACCGCACAGAAAACACACACCCAGACACACACCACGUGAACAGACAAGUGAAAGCCAGUGUAUAA